AAAAAUGGUGUGUUCUACGUUCUAGGGAUUUUUCUAGGGACUGUCGGUAAAGUUUUCAACGCUAGCAUCACCCUAAAUAGGAUUUUACUAGGGACCUUUUGACGUGGAACAGCUGAUUGAACAUAUAUACGUUAUUCGUCUGACUAUUCUCAACUGUUCUCAACAUCAAGAUGGCCGCGGUCGUGAGAGUGCAGUAAGGGUUGUAUGAUUUUUGGCAUAUAUCGCCAUUUACGACGUUUGGAGCCGUUGUCAUUAAUAUUCAAUAUUUUCGGUUGAAUUUUAAAAAUGACAGCGGGUACAAGCUUAGUAGUACCCAUAGUUUUAUGGGGUCGUAUAGCUCCAACUCAUUGUAUUUCCUGUAUCUAUUUGUCCCGAGAUCAAAAAACAUUAGUAACAGGAUGCUAUGAUGGUCAAAUAUGUUUGUGGCAAGUUGAUCCUGAAACAUUGAAGAUGACUCCAAGAUGUUUACUUGUUGGCCAUACUGCACCAAUAAUGUGCCUAAGUCGAGCAAGUGUUAUUAUGGAACAAAAUUAUAUUGUUAGUAGCAGUGAAAGCGGAGAAAUGUGCACUUGGGAUUUAGUUGAUGGAAAAUGUAGAGAAGCUGUGAAACUUACCAAUGUUCAUACACAGAUGUUGCCUUAUGUCUCUGCUGGUGGAGAAGAUGUCAGACUUUUUUGUUCUGGGUACUAUCCCGAAGUUUUAGUGAUGGAUCCUUUUAGCUUGGAGAUUUUGUUUACCUUAAGUUCACGAGUUAACCCUGACUGGAUUAGUGCAUUGCACGUUUUGCGACCGGCCAAACGGAAAGGUCGGUUCUACGUGCAUACAAACGACGUUGUGCUGGCCUUAACGACAACUGGAACAGUCAAGGUGUGGACUCUUCUUGGGCAUGAGAAUCGCAACAGUGAACCUCUAUAUGAACAUGAGAGUAAACAAAUAAGGUGUCUAAAUGCGCUGGCAAUGACUUGCUGCCCCUAUAACCAAAGGACUGUAUUAAUUGUGUGUUCCAAACAUUGGCAGAUAUACGAUGCCGGUGAUUUUUCUCUUCUAUGUUCAAUUACUGCACCUUGUGGUGAACGUUGGAUGUCUGGAGAUUUUCUAGCUGCAGACAGAGUCAUUUUAUGGAGCGAUGAAGGUCAUGGUUACCUCUACAAGCUACCAGCUAAGAGUCUGGUACAACUUGACAGCAAGCUAAAGGGCAAGGCUCUCAGCAGUAGCGUUGCAGACAAUAAAAAUUUUCAUACCGCGGGUGCUGAAUAUGAUCAACCUUAUUUGUACUGCACUUUAACACAACCUGGUGAUAGGCCGCUAUCAUGCCCACCAGCGAUGCGAUUAGUAACAGUUCAUAGGCAGAAUAAAAUGUUGAAGUAUUUAUUACGUGGUGAUAGCGAAGGUGUUGUUGUUCUUUGGACAGUACCAGAAGUAACAACUCAACAACUAGCUCAAAUCAGUCAAAAUGAUUGCUCAACUUCACUCUCGUUGCCGCCUGUGGUAAAGACAAGUUUAAGAGCUGCUUGGGAAGAAAUGAGACCACCACCGGUUGGAAUAUUAGAUCAAUUAGAUACUGGAGAUGGGCAUGGUAUAAAGUUAACAGCUAGUAUAUAUUUACCGCAACAGAGUCGUCUUGUUGUUGGUCGCGAAGACGGCAGUAUUAUUAUUGUUCCUGCUACACAAACGGUGAUGCUUCAAUUACUUCAUGGCAAUCAUCAACAAUAUGAUGAUUGGCCUCCUCAUCAAGUACUUUUGGGUCACUCUGGUCGAGUGAAUUGUCUCUUAUAUCCACACGGAGCAGCACCGCGUUAUGAUCGUACACAUCUUGUUUCUGGUUCUGUUGAUUUUGCUGUAUGUUUAUGGGACCUUUAUGCUGGUACCCUUAUUCAUAGAUUCUGUGUACAUGCGGGGGAAAUUACGCAACUGAUGGUACCACCUGAUAAUUGUAGUCCUAGGAUUCAAAAGUGUGUCUGCAGUGUUGCAUCAGAUCAUAGUGUUACUUUGUUAUCAUUAGCGGAAAGGAAGUGUGUUGUUCUCGCUUCUCGACACCUGUUUCCGGUUGUUACGAUAAAAUGGAGGCCACUGGAUGAUUUUAUGAUAGUUGGUUGUUCGGACGGAGCUGUAUACGUAUGGCAAAUGGAAACUGGUCAUCUAGAUCGUGUACUACAUGGUAUUAUUGCUGAAGAGGUACUCUACGCGUGUGACGAAAAUACUCUGGCUACGGCUGGUGGGUCAGCCGCGGGUGGUGAACUAGGCUUAGCUAAUCCUGCUGUGCAUUUCUUUAGAGGCUUGAGGCACAGAAAUCUUUCGGCUAUACGACAUGCCACACAAAGAGGGUUACAUCAAUUACAACAGCUUCAUGGUGGACAAGGAGUAGAUCAUGGAAAUCAGAUAAAAGCAAAAGGCACACCUUUAAUGAUUCAAGGCUUCAGAAGUAAUCCUAAAGAUCCAGAAAGUCAUAUUUUAUUUUUUGACAUAGAAGCAUUAAUAGUACAAUUACUUAGCGAUGAAUAUGGAGCAAUGUCACCAGGUUCUUUGGAAGCACAGGGUUUAAUUUCUGCAUCCGAAUAUCAAAAAGUUGCAGCACUUACACAAUCGGCUAGUCCAGAUGCUCACAAAAAAAUCGCAGACUUUUUCGGUCGCGUCAAGGAUAAGGCAGGAGACGUUGAACGAAUUUUAAAGGAGAAGGAUCGUCACGGUAUAUUGGCUAAAAUGAAGGAGGGUGCAGAAAACGUACACACUAAGAUUCAGGCCAAGGUGGAAAGCGUUGGCCUCAAGCCGUCGACUCUCGACGGCAAAGGUGAUAAUUGGAAUAACAACGAGGCUGCUAAAAAUAAUUUGAAAAGAAAUGGUGCAUUUAGCGAACCAAACGCAACUAUGGAAGUUGCUCAGCUUAUACUAAGUUUAUUGCAUGCUUGGGGUAUGGAUCCAGAUUUGGAUCGUGUUUGUGAAGGAAAACUGGGCUUAUUAAGGCCUAUGGUUCCUGUUUCAUUUGGAGUAUUAUCUAAAGGAGGAUACAUGUCGCUAUUACUGCCAACUUGGCAAACGCAAUUGGAGCCAAUCGGUGAACCUACAACACAGCUGGAGCAGCGUUUACCGGCUGAAUUAGUCAGACAAGAAAGACUUACCAGAGCAUUCACAGCGAGAGCACAUUGGGAACUCUCUACUACAUUAACCAGUAAUCAUUUGUUAGCAGUAGUUGCUUUGGCAAAUACUUUAAUGUCAAUGAACAAUGCAACUUUUGUACCUGAGCAAGAACGGAAUAGAAAAAUGCAUAGACCUGGUAAUAGAUCCACAGUUAAUUGGAAUAAAGCAGAAGAAGAAAAUGAAGAAAUUUAUACAGCACAGCAAGCACAGAUUAAACAAGGAUGGUCGUUGUUAGCGACGCUACAUUGUGUACUUUUACCUGAUAAGGUAACUUCACAAGGUGGUGCGAAAACAUUUAAACGUCCUCAGGUUGAAAUGAUGGCACGAAGAUGGCAACAUCAAUGUCUUGAGAUCCGUGAAGCUGCUCAAGCUUUGUUACUCGCUGAAUUAGGUAGAAUGGGGCCAAAAGGAAGGAAAGCGCUUGUAGAUAGUUGGUCCCAGUAUCUACCAAUGUACAGCACUCAAGAACCUAUUGCACCUCAAAUACAAAAUCAAAGUCCACCAGCUCCUGGUAGUCCAAUCCCUUCCUCGGACACACAUCCAGAAGAAGAAGAUGAAGAAGAAGAAUUAGUAGAAGAAAUAAAUGUAGCCAGGAAGCCAUCGAGCGUUGCAGAACUGAAACGAAAACAAACGACUGCGGUUGUAUUAUUGGGUGUAAUAGGUGCUGAGUUUGGUCAAGAUGUUACUACAACAAAUCAAAAGAGGGACAAUGAACAAAGACGAAAGAGUUCAAUCGUAGAAGGUUUUGGAAUAGGAAACAAUAAUCUUGCACGACAUACUAGUAUGGCCCUUACUCAUCUAUUACAUGCACCUCAUUCUCCAAAAUUACCUCUACACACAGCAUUACGAAGAGCAGCAAUCGAUCUUAUCGGUAGAGGUUUUACCGUUUGGGAACCGUACCUUGACGUAUCAAAAGUGUUAUUGGGUCUAUUGGAAAUGUGUUGCGAUGCUGAUAAAUUAGUACCAAGCAUGACUUAUGGUCUUCCGCUCACACCUCAAGCUGAUACUUGCCGUACGGCACGUCAUGCUUUAACUUUAAUAGCUACCGCUCGACCUGCAGCAUUCAUUACCACGAUGGCACGGGAAGUGGCUAGAUACAAUACUUUACAACAAAAUGCGCAAACAUUAAAUGUAAAUAUGGGUGCAAGCGUUUUAGCUAGGGCAAAACCAGAAAUACUCAGAAUUGUUGAACAGUUAAUUGAUAAAAUGCAAAGUGAAAUGAGUGAUCUUUUAGUUGAGGUGAUGGAUAUUAUUCUACAUUGUCUGGACCCCGGUCAUCUGAAAACUAAACCAUUAAGUGAAGUGUUUCCAGCAGUAUGUAGGUUCAAACAAGUUAGCCACUGCCCGGCAACACGUAGGAUAGCAGUGGGCAGUCGCAACGGUCAACUUGCCUUGUAUGAAUUAAGAGGAAACGUUAAGUGUCAGACAGUACCUGCACAUACAGCAGCUGUAACUGCGUUAGCAUUUUCACCCGAGGGCAAGUUCCUGGUUAGCUACUCUUGUACAGAAAAUAAAUUAUGUUUCUGGCAGCAAACAAGUAGCGGUAUGUUCGGCCUAGGAAAUUCGCAGACACGUUGUGUGAAAUCAUACAGCACUGCGCCUAUUAAUGAUGUAGCACGAUUGAAUCCUAUGCGAUUAGCUCGAUUAAUAUGGAUAAAUAAUCGAACAGUCACAUUAAUUCUUGCUGAUGGAUCUGAAACAAGGUUUAAUGUGUAAACUGUAGACGAUCCCUUCUAUUCCAUUACCGAAGUAACAAAAAGUUAAAUGAAUGAUACACAGCAAGUGAGAGGUCAGUUUACCCGUUGAAAUAUGGAAGAAUUGUUUUAGGCGAAAGUGCUGUCGUGAACGUUGGUGCGUUUAUUGGUACUUAAUAGUGCUAACAAAUAAUUGGAUAUCGUAUCGUAUGGAAUAUGCUUGAGUGAAGUUCAUCGUUGCACGACGCAGGAUAUGGCAUAGCAAUUAUCAUCGAGUAUUGGUAUGAAAAUUUCUUCCUUUUCAAUUUAUCUCGUUUUUUCUUUUCCUUUUCUCUUCAUUUAUCUAAUUUAAAUAUUUAAUUUCUAUCUUUCUUUCCUUGGGAGGGAGUACGCACUUUGCGUUAUUGUAGCACCAGUGAUAGUUUGAACGCUAUCACGCUUUAAUGAAAAAGUAUUCUUUUUAUCUAAUAAUUUAAUUGCACUGUCAUUUGAUUAUUAGUUACGUAGUUACAAGGCUGAACAAUUUUACUAUAGUUUCACGAGUCUAGACCGAGUCUAAACAGAAAUAUGAAACGCUUUCAUUGACACACAUAUACCGGAAAAUUUGUUGAACUAUUUCUACAUUGAGGAUUUGUGUGCCGUAUUGUACAUUAUGCAAUGUUAUAACGCGUGAGCUUCCAAAAGCCACGUUUACGUAUUCCUGAAAUUAUAAUAUAAUAGUUAAUAAAGGUUACCAUAUGGAACCUCGUGUUGAAAGUACAUACAUGUGUAUAUAUACAUACCAAAAAAUGAAUUUUCGCCCGACGAUUUGUAUAUACAUAAUAUUUACAAUGGCGAAUCAUUAGUCAUUAUAUUAAUUUGUAUGAAAUAUUUUACGUUUAAUCUGUUUACAUAUACAUAUAGUUGAAACGCUUCAAAUGAAUUCCUGUUUUACAAAUUUUACAUAUAUUAUUUGGUCCCGUAAUUUGAAUCGCUUAACGAAUUAAAUGUUUUCGUCUCAUAGAGUUGCAUAUUGAGAAUGAUCGUACAUGUUUGGUGCUUAGAACUAAAGAUCAAAUGGAAUUGAGAAAGAUCAACGAUAAAUUCAUAUGAUUUCACGAAAGGUAAAUUUUGAAAAGCAGUUUAUCUGAAAUUUCAAUAUGCUCUAUAGUUACCUUAUAAUUUUUUAUAAAUAUUUCAUAUAUAAACAAUAUUACGUAAUUAAUAUUUAUUUCGUUAUUGAACGAACGAGGGAUUGAAUUUAAUCAGUAUAGUCAGUUGUGCUUUUUCUGUUAUGUUCUUUCCCAGAUCAAAAUGCUUCUCCACUUGUAAGAGAACAAAUAUGAUGGAGACUAUAGAUACGAUAUUAUAUUGUUUUAGCGUAAUUUAUUGUCUUUAUUGCCUUGCGAGCUUAGCGCAAUGUUCUGUGUAAAUACAACAGAGACAUUGUAUGUACGUGUACGUUUUAAAAAGUUAUAUUUUUGUUGUUAAAUUUUUUAGUUAUUAUGACAAGCAUAACGAGAUAUGCAAUGGUAUUUAAAAUUCCUAUGUUGCAAUAUAGUUAUGUACAUUGUAAAUCGCACAAAAUUACGAAUGAGUUUCUCCAAAAAAAAAUCAUGAAUUCUUUUAGAUUGAAAAAUGAUUUGCGUUAACAUAGCGAAGUAUAAUAAAUAUCUAUACAUAUAUGUUAGAACAAAUUAUACUAUCGGCAAUUUAACGUAAAUGUUAAAUCCAUUCGCUUAUAUUUUGUUAGAGGGUAUACAUUUAUAAUUUUUUCUCCUUUUAGUAGAAAAUGUUUGAUAUACAAAUUCAUUCGGUGCCUUUCAAAUAAAAAUGUAUAAUUUGAAUAUUGCUUCUGUGAAUUUAAAAUGCUACUGAUAAGUGGCGCAAGAGAAUGAUGAGUAUUUGAAUAGUUCAAGUUACUAAGACCAUUUAAAAACAAAUCUUUAAUUCAAAAAGAAAAGGCACCAAAUUAAUUUGUACACUUAACAUAAUCAGAUUAAAAAAAAUAUACGACAAUGUAUAUUAAUUGUAGAGCAGUAUUUUAGAAGGAAAAAAAAAACAGAAUCUGUCUUGUCUUUCUUUCAUCGAUAAAGUAUAUUUAUAUUUUAUAUGAUAAUUUAUCUUCUAUAUAAUAUUUUUACGUGAAGUAACAAUAAAUACCAGAAACAGAAGAAAGUGAAUGGAUCGAAAGAUAAAAGAAAAAUUUAUUUGUCGAUAAAAACAUUUAGAUUAUUUAUUAGUAUUCCGAUUACUGUGCGAGGCACAGUAAAAAGAAUUGUGUUAUUAUUAAAGGCAUUUGUCACGCAGGCGUGUCUAAGAUCGGUACCGAAACGAAAUACUCGUAAAUGCUGAAAAAGAAUACGAGACAGCAGAUUCAAUCUUUGAUCGCAGCAUGAAUUGAGCGAACAAUUUCUCUGCAUUACUUCUAUCUUGUAUAUAUAAAACCGAACUAUGCCUAAUUGUAUGUAUGUAAUUAUUUAUGUGUACAUUAUAUUUUAUCGUGCGUUAUGUUUGGCUGAAUGAAGGUGAAGAAAAUGAUCGAUAAACCUUUUUAUUGAUCAUUUUCUUACAGUCGGUAGCAAUGGUUGGUGAUGGAUAUUCGAUGUUUCUGAUCUACAAAUUGAAUCGACUUCUUAAAUUAUUAACUCCAAAAUUUCAAUAGAUUCUACAAAACAUCAAACACAAUUGAUUGAUAUGAUUUCAUCGGACAUUAAUCCGAUGAAAAAUAAAGAAAAAUUGACUUUUAUAUGCUCCAUUCAUGUGUGAGUAAAUAUACUACUUUUUGAGCACUUGAAUACUUCAAAUCUAUUCUCUUAAAGUGUUGCAACUUUUUUAAUAUUACAAUGUUUUCAAUUAUUCAAAAUGUCCCGAGUAAUUCUCUUGAUUCCAUCGCUAAUGAUAAUGUUCAAUGCAAAGGGGGAAGUAUACCGCACGUGUUGUUAAUCGUUAUGCAAUAAUUAAAUAUGUAUUUAAAUGUAUCCUAUGUGAAACGCGUUGCGUUUAAAAUUCGAUAAUAUAUAUACACACCAUAAAGAUGAA